CUGUGCUUGUCCUGCUGCAUUGAUGUUGUCAUGGCUGGACAUUUGAUUCUCCUGCCCCGCGGUCGCAUCUUGAUCGCCAUGACUGCCAUCACUUCUUUUUCGUGUAUAUUCGACCGGCAUUCCCAUCCACAACAAACGCUAGAAGAACUUCCCCGCCUCUCCCGAGUGAGCAAAAGGCGGACUAUGAGCCUAGGAAUUGCCUGCCGUUGGCGUAUGAAGGGUAAAGGGAUCUCGUCCGUGCCCUUUUUGGGCGGCGGGCCGUAUUCCGCCGCUGGAUCCGACCCGGUGGUACGAAAGCCGGGGUAUGACCGCAAGUUUAUCCGCAUCCCAUGUCGAUGCCCCUCCCUCUUCGCUUGCCACUUUGACGUCUGCAAAAGGCGCAUGAUUUCGUGCGUGCGUCUGCCGUGUCGUGUCCUCGAACCCCAGAAGCCAUCCUCUAGAAAGCCAGCCUUGGGCAGGUUGACGGAUCUCGCCGUCUCGGGGCCACCGGCGGCAUUUAACCCGACGGACGCUUGGAGACAGGCCACCAGGUCCCAGCCAGACGGGACAGCGUUUGCAUUCGUUUCAUUUCCCCUUGCCUUCUCGGCCAGUCGCGUACCCGGUCUCUAUGUUGCCUCUUUCCUUCUCCCGCCUGGUCUCGCUCAUCGACAUAGUUACUGCACCCCUUCUGCGGCCGCCCUCCCGUCUCGCGACCAUACUUUCCUCUCAACGGCUCUGCUUAGCUUCUUUUCUCCUCUUCCUUGA